UUUAAAUUGAAGGCUUUCCUGCGCCUUCGAAAACCACUGGAACUUUCUGAAACUUUGAUCUUUUCCAUUAACAGAGACGGUGGCAGUGCCCAAGAGGUGCGAAAAUUAGUACUAUAAAGUUAUUUGCUAACGAAGUCGACACCUUUGGGAGUUACACAAAUCCGAUAUGGCUGUGGAAGCCGAGGCAGCAACUGCUCCAGAAUUGGCCCUUGCUGACACCGACAUCAAUUGGGCCAGGUUGGACAAGACAAGGUUUCAUAUUAUUGGGGCGUUCCUCUUUACAGCCCAGUCGGCCUUGUUACAUCCUACAGCAGUUGUAAAGACUAGAAUGCAAGUAGCUGGUUCUAGUCUCUCUCACAUGCGCGGUAUUUCAGUAUUUAAACAGAUAUUGAAGACUGAUGGUAUCCCUGGCAUCUAUAGAGGUUUUGGCACGUCUGCAAUCGGAUCAUUGCCUGGUAGGGUCUUGGCUUUGACAUCGCUUGAAGUAUCAAAAGAUAUGAUGUUAAAAUACACUGAAGGUCGAGAUAUACCUGAAGCAACGCGAGUUGGCAUUGCAAAUGGAGUGGCAGGCAUGUUCUCAAAUUUAGUUUGUUGUGUGUACUAUGUACCUUUGGAGGUGAUCGGCCAGAGACUAAUGGUACAAGGGCUUCCUGGGACGACCGUCAGCAGUGGACCAUUUGAUACUGUACGUAAAGUGAUAAAGGCUGAAGGGUUCCGUGGUUUGUAUAGAGGCUUUGGAUUGACAGCUGUGACACAGUCCCCAGCAUCUGCACUUUGGUGGGGUGCCUAUGGAGCUGCCCAACAUAUCAUUUGGAGAAGCUUGGGCUACAGAGAUGAGAUGAACAAAAAACCAUCCCAUAUGGAGAUGGUGACAGUUCAGGCAACAGCAGGAAUGGUAGCUGGUGCUUGUUCAUCAGUUAUCACCACUCCCCUUGACACUGUAAAGACCCGACUGCAGGUCAUGGAUAAUUGUGUUGUUGGAAGACCAUCAGUACUCAAGACAAUGAGGACACUCCUCAAGGAAUAUGGAUGGUGGGGCUUCUAUAGAGGGUUUGGACCUCGAUUCUUAAAUAUGUCACUCUAUGGAACAACAAUGAUUGUUACCUAUGAACUGAUAAAGAGAUUAUCCGUGAGGCAAUAAUGAGAUCUUGGGCUGGAGGACGUGCAAGUUGUCUUGUGUUAACCCUGAUGUCGUUUGAACUGCAAGGAAACUGAUUCUGGCAAGUUUCCACUGCAACUUAUUCAAUUUCGAAACCGAGAAAAUGGAGACAACCCUUCAAGUUUUGUAUGACACCAUGGGAAUGCCUGGAAUCUAGCUGUUCUCAAAGACUAAAGAGAGGUCUUUCAGUUAACUUGAAUGUAAUUUUGAUUGGAAGUGCUAUGUUUUAGCAAAUGUUUUGUGCCAUUGAGUUUCCAUUACUUAUUCUUAUUUGGUAAUUCAAUGACCCAACAAGAAGAUCGUGCUACUUGAAACGAUUUUUGUAAAGACUGGUCAUUACACCACGAAUAGAAGUGCAAUUCCGCCACUGAGAUGGCCUCUCUCUUGUGGGUGGGGUGGUUGGCUCUGGAGCCUGGAGCCUGGAGCUACUCAUGCCAACUACAAGAACAUCUUAUCUAUAAAAUAAGAGAAAUGCUACCUUAUACGCAA